UCACCCCGCCGCAACGAAAUAACGGCAGGAACAAAAAAGAAAUGCCAUCGUCAUUGGUAACUACACGCGCAACAAUCCCCCCCCACCAACCAUGGUUUCCAUGGUGAGGGAAAAGGGUUUUGAUAAAGAAAAGCGUCGCUUCCGUUUGUUGGGUCGAUAAAAUGCGAAACACUCGGACUCACUUCUCCCUGUUAUUAUUGUUAUCGCUAGUCUAGAGCGCACAGAUUCGAAAGUGCAAGUGAAUCGGUCAGUAGUUUGGUCGUUCCGUUCGUGGUGCUCCCAGCGACAUGUGGAAGUUGAAAAGUAAGCUGAAACGAAAGUUCCGCUCAUCAAAGAUCGACUGCAAUAGCAAUCGGGUAGAUUACGAUGUGCGCUCGUUUGAAUCCGAAAGUCCGGCAAGGCCCGCAUCGGAACAAUCCGAUACAUCGGUGGCAGUGCCGGAAGGUGGCGGUUACCAUAGACACACCCGAGGCUGCUGCAGUGCACCGGUCGCCGGAGCACGAAGAGGGCCUGGUAGCGCCAGUAGCGAGAAUUCCUCCCUUUUUAGCUACAAUUGCUGCUACAACUACAAUUUCCACAUCAAUUACAACGUGCAUCACCGGUUGCAACAUCAUCUGGGACAUCACCAUCACCAUGGCAACGGUCGGGAAGGGACGGACGAUACCGAGGGAACGCCGUUCGGGAGUACGAGCUGUAUGACAGGGCUGGGGUCAGAAAGCUCUGCGGAGCUGCCACGAAAAACUCGUCCAGUGUCCACCGAGCAUCGAUCCCAGCGGACCCGAGCCGGAUCCAGUGCGUCCUCAACGAAAGUUUCUUCGGAACCGGAUGUCGGUAACAAGAGACUAUUGGCGAGUGAGAAUAAAACGGCUACCCGGUGCCUUUCGACCAGCGACCUUUCCUCGUACAAAAGCCGAUCCGAGCAACGUUCACACCAAGGCGCGGGAGCGAAAAAAGGAAAACCGUCAUCAUCCGGCGGUCGAGUGCUGCGACCACGUUCAGCAUCUCAGCGAGGCCGGGCCGAAUCGCUCGAAACCGCCGGUACUGAUUCGGUGUCCGCAGACUAUCGCACCAUUUGCCGUCGGUUGCAUGCGGUCUCGCUUCGACAGGAGACCGACGACCCAUCCGAAGGCGAUCCCAUCGCGAACCGGCCAGAUCUAACCGAUCACGACCGCCGUAUCCUGCACUGCAUGGUGCUGAAGCGCAUCAAGGAGCUGGAACAGCUGGAGGAAGCGGUCCUGGCCAAGCAGUGCUGGGAGCAGGAGAAGGUGUUCCGCAAAUCGUUGCUCGACCAGCAGGAGCGCAACUAUCGGAAAGCGAUCCGCCAGAAGCGUACCAUCGAGAUGAUCGAGGUGCGCAAUCGAAAGCAGCGGCUGGCCCGUCUCGAGCAGCAGCAGAUCGAAAAGAUACAGAACGAAAUCAGCGAAAAGGAUCUCCGGUCGGCCAGUCUGCUGAAGAACAUCGAAAUUAAGAAAGGCAUCCGGGAGUGCGAACGUAGAAGCCGCGAGCUGAAACGCCUCGAAGAUGCGACGGUUAACCAGGAAGAGCGGGGGCUCGAUCGGGACAUCUGGCGCCAAUCGUUGGUGGAAACGCUGGAGGAGCGUGCGAACCGGGCGGAAGGUUUGCGCCGGAAGGUGAUGGAUGUGUACCGGCGGCGGUUGAAAAUCGACAACCAGCUCGAGCGGAAAAUGCACGCACACAACCUGAAGCAAACGCUCGAGCAGGAGCGGUACAAGCUGUCGCUGCUGAAGGAACGCAUCCUGGUGCGCGAAAGCCGGUUUCAGAAGUUCAAGGACAGCAAGAAGCGUAUCUUCGAUCAGCUGAAGACACGGGCGAAAACGACCGCCGCACUGCGGGACAUGGUGCGACAUACGAUCGGGCCGGGAAGUUCGGCCACCGUGGUGACCGUUUCGGCCAGCAACACCCGGCCCGGUUCGGUCGUCCAGCAGCAGGCUGGACCACGCUGUGGUUCUUCUGCACGUUCCGUCGCCGGCUCGAUUGCUGCGGUUGGACCGGCGGUCGUCCCGCACAGACUGCUCGAUGUGGUACGGAUAAAGUAGGCAGAGAGAGAGAGAGAAGAAAGCGCAACACAAAAGGGAGUUUUCUUGCUCCUUUUCAUAUGGUUUUUCUAUACGAACGUCCUGUGUAAUAAAAGAGAUGAGUCUAUCGGGGGUAUCCUUGGAAACGAAAA